CCUCACCGGGUUAACAAUGGCGGACAAGGUACUGGAAGGUUGUUGGAGGUCCCAGGAGUUGCCUGCUCCUGCUCACAUGCAGCAGUGACCUUGAGGCUGUGGUUGUCUCAGGACGGGACAGCCACUCAGUCUUGGCACAGCCUCCCCGUCUAGCCAUGUGGCAUCUGCUGGUCCUGGUGCUGCUGGUCCCCUGCGCCUUGGUGCCUCCCUCGUCUGCGGCCCCCAUCCAAGACGCUGACGACCAGGAGAGUUCCUCCGAUUUCCUUGGCUUACAAAGCCUCCUCCAAAGCGUCAGAAGACUCUUCCUGAAAGAUGACCUCCUUCGGAGUCUGGACAGCUUCUUUUCCACCCCCAUGGACUUCUGGGGCCUCCCCAGAGAUUUCCACCAACAGCAAGACCAGGAGCGCCAGCUGGGGAACAAGACCAUCUCCAGCCAUCUCCAGAUUGACAAGGUGACAGACAACAAGACAGGAGAGGUGCUCAUCUCUGAGAAGGUGGUGGCCUCCGUGGAGCCAGAGGGAAACCUGGAAAGCAACCGGAAGGUUCCCAAAAGGGAGAAGGAAACCCUGGUGCCCACCGGAAAUGGCAUGGGCAGCUCCUACCCAGAAGCCCACCGCCGUGUGGCUUUCUGGAUCAUUAAGGUACCUCGGAGGAAGUCCCAUCAGGAUGCUCAGGAGGAUGGUGGCUGGCUAAGCGAGAAGAAACACCGCCUGCAGGCCAUCCGGGAUGGGCUCCGAGAGGGGACCCACGAAGGCAUCCUUGAAGAUGGGGCCCAGGACUCCUCCCACUCCAGGCUGCCUGCCCGCAAGACCCACUUCCUAUAUAUCCUCAGGCCCUCCCAGCAGCUAUAGAGGUGGGGCUGGGAGCCCUGCAUAGACCCCUCUAGGUCCCCCCCCAGUACCAUUUGGAAAUAAAGGGU